CACAUACAUGCGCACUCACGCACAACACACAUCCACGAUGCCUGCUGAUCGAGUGAGGACAUGCCCAUCGAUGUGCCGUCGCCCGCGGGUUCCGUGGCGUUGGAUUGUCGUAGCCGCUACCUUCCUUACCUUCACGGUCCUGUUUGGUCUCCUAAACAGCUUUAAUGUCCUCUUUGUAGCAUUCCAGGAAGAAUUCGACAGCAGUGCCACCAUGACAGGUUGGAUCGGUUCCACCGCAUUAGGGUUGAGUAUGCUUAUUGCUCCCGUGGUCAACGUCCUCACCGAGCGCUUCGGAUACCGACCCGUUUCCGUCGUCGGCAUCGUGACGUCAGCCGGUGCUCUCAUUGUGACGUCAUUUCUACCAAACGUACUUGCAGCUUUCUUGUCGUACGGCGUUAUGGUUGGCAUCGGGGCCGGCCUGGUGACUGUUAGUUCUAUCGGUGUAGUCAUGUUGUACUUUCCAGAGCAGAAUAGCGUAAGAGCAAUGGCCAUGAUCAUGAUAGGGCCCGGUUUAGGUGUGGUAACCUUCGCACCCCUGAUGUCUCUCAUCAUCACAAGACAUGGAUGGAGGGUUCUUCUUCGGAUCAUGGGUUCUCUUCUCUUUUUAGUUGGUAUUCCGUGUGUAUUAACCUAUGCAGAACCACCAAACUCAUCUCACCAACCCGAUGAUGACAAGAACAAAUAUCAAGACCUCCAACCAGUCACAGAUGCCCUUGAGGACGCGAAUAACUGUACCUGUAAAGAGGCGCAGGUGUACCACAGUGACAAAGCUGCGGUCUGGAUCCCUAACGUUGGAUCCUUAAAAAAACUCGAGAACAACGAUCUGGUUGAAGAAAAGAAGACCUAUCAUCAAGCAAAAACGUCGUCAGAUCACCGCAGAGGGAGCUGUGCUAAAUGCACCACAUUAAACGAUGAACAGGGGUACCCACGCUCUUUUGAUAGAGAGAUUCCUUGCGAGGGUGAUCCUUGCCUCAAUGGAGAGUCGCGUUGUGGCGUUGUGAAGCGCUGUGAAACAUUGACGCCACAGAAGGGGAAACGUUCAGAUCAUGGCAUGGCGUGGAAGACACUUGUCGCUCUAACAUUUCCAGAACUCUGGCUGCUAUCGAUAUCGACAGUCCUUAAUGGAAUAGGAGAUAGUUUUUACUUUGUUAAUCUGAUUAACUACAUGUUAUCCGUGGGCUUCCAAAAAGAGUUCGGAGUCAAAGUCGUGACGGUCUUAGGGUUCGCCAACCUGGUAGGGCGAAUCACGAUGUCCUUAGGGGGUGACUACGUCCCGUUUCCCCGAGUCUUUCUCCUGGCCAUCUCCAGCUUGGUCGGUAUAGGGGUCAUGCUCCUGAUCCUGCUCACCAGGAAUCGCAUCAUCAUGUAUAUCAUCGCUGUCGUGAUUGGUAGUGUUAUGAUGAGCAUCACAAAUAUCAUCACCUUCAUGAUUCCUUCGGAGUUCUUUGGACCUGAGAGGGCGCUAGAGACUUCAUCCGUUAUUAUCUUCAUGUACGGUCUUGGUUUUACCCUCGGCUCUCUUAUAGGCCAGAGUAUUGACAACACCGGCUCGUACUCGAGUGCAAUGUGGGCUUUCGUAGGGAUGUACAUUACAUCAGGUCUGUGUGUAUUAAUGGCGCCUGUUUAUCAACGCUACUUCGCCCCGCAGCGUUUCGUCACCUUUGACCUGUUCCGCAAGAAGAGGGAGGCGAGACAAAAGAACAAGUUUAUAUUGGAGCAAAAUCCUAAAAGUGAAAACAAAUCGGAGGCCAAGGCAAACGUGAGCGAAAGAGUAACAUGUGUUUGAUGAACCAAUAGUCUGUAUAAUUCGUUUUCUACUUCGGGCAAACUCACUUGAAAUAGCGUGACGUACCGCCGGUAAACUAUGCAGAGAUGAAAGCUUUGUUUGACCAAGGAGUUCUAAGAGCUGGAGGCCCAACUGGCAAAAAGAUAUUUCAAGCAACUGUUUUCUAAGGUUGCACAAUUUUAUCUACAGGUGUGCUCUUACCUUUGAUGUCUGAGGUUUGAUGUCACCAAUAUAUUGGAAAGCUUGAGUACUGAUUUUGUUCACAAAGAAAUAUCGUUAAUAUUUCACUUUUUAUUUGAACUAACAAGGGG